AUGCGCUCUUCCACGCGCAUGCACUUGCCGUGCUUGUCUCCCCGUGUCGUGGCCAUCCCCUGCUCCUGGCCGUGCUUGCCCGCAUCAAAGCACGCGCUGCCCGCACCCCGCUCGCCCCACGUCGCCACUGCUCCGCCUGGCCUCGCGUCGGCCCGCCUCCCGUGCUCACCGUGGCCGCCCGACGCCGUGCCCAGUGCUGCUCGUUGCACUGCUCCGCUCCGACUGCCAUGCCCCUGCUCCGCCCGCGCGACCCCGCCACCACCUCCACCGCGGCAGCUUGCGCGCGCCAUCGCGCGCCUCGCCUACGCCCCUUCGGCCCCGCGCCGCUCCGCCACAGUCGGCGCCAGCCGCCGUGGCCAUGGCCUCAUCCGCCCCCAAGUGCCCCGUGCCUCCCGCUCGUCGGCUCCCCGGACCACCCCCCAUAUCCGUCCCGUGGCAUCCCUGCUGCGCUGCCGCGCCGGCACGCAGCACCGGCCUCCUGCGCCGCUUCGGCCGCUCGUCGCUGUUGCCACUGGGCGCCCAGCGUCGUUUCCCCCUGUCGACCUAGGCGGGUGCCCAGCGCCCGCUCCAGCCGGCCGCUCGCGCCCGACCCAGUUUGGCCUAUGGGCCACAGACAGGUGGGCCUAG